GCCGCGGGAGGUCCGGACACUGGCGGCCAUGGGACUUGCCGGUACUGGAGGACACCUGUCUUAACUGGGUUGCUCUGAGGACUAAUGCCUAAACCAUCUCAGCAUGGCCUAUAGAGGAAGAGGUGGGCGUGGCCAGCCUUCCUCAGCAUCACUCUCCCGUGUCAUCCCUGGAAGUCUUCACACAUUUAGGACCUGUGCCCAUAAUAUAUGCAUGGUGUCGGACUUUUUCUACCCAAACAUGGGAGGCGUGGAAAGUCACAUUUACCAGCUCUCUCAGUGCCUGAUUGAACGAGGGCACAAGGUCAUAAUUGUCACCCACGCUUACGGAAAUCGCAAAGGUGUCCGUUACCUCACUAAUGGCCUCAAAGUCUAUUACUUGCCUCUGAAAGUCAUGUACAACCAAUCUACAGCCACGACCCUCUUUCACAGUCUGCCAUUGCUCAGGUACAUAUUUGUUCGGGAGAGAGUCACGAUAAUCCAUUCACAUAGUUCCUUUUCUGCCAUGGCCCAUGAUGCCCUCUUCCACGCCAAGACAAUGGGCCUCCAGACAGUCUUCACGGACCAUUCCCUUUUCGGAUUUGCUGAUGUCAGCUCGGUGCUUACAAACAAGCUUCUAACUGUGUCUCUUUGUGACACAAACCACAUAAUUUGUGUCUCUUACACUAGUAAGGAAAACACUGUGCUAAGAGCAGCACUGAAUCCUGAAAUAGUGUCCGUCAUUCCUAAUGCUGUAGAUCCUACUGACUUCACUCCAGACCCAUUUAGAAGGCAUGAUAGUAUAAUAACUAUUGUUGUUGUCAGCAGACUUGUUUACAGAAAAGGGACUGAUUUACUUAGUGGUAUAAUACCUGAACUCUGUCAGAAAUAUCCUGAUUUAAAAUUCAUAAUUGGAGGAGAGGGACCAAAGAGAAUCAUUUUGGAAGAAGUACGGGAAAGAUACCAGCUCCAUGACAGAGUGCGUCUGUUGGGAGCCUUAGAACACAAGGAUGUUAGAAAUGUCUUAGUUCAAGGACAUAUUUUUCUUAAUACUUCUCUUACGGAAGCAUUCUGCAUGGCGAUUGUGGAAGCAGCCAGUUGUGGUUUACAGGUUGUAAGUACCAGGGUUGGUGGAAUUCCUGAAGUACUUCCAGAAAAUCUUAUCAUUUUAUGUGAGCCUUCUGUAAAAUCUUUGUGUGAGGGAUUGGAAAAAGCUAUUUUCCAACUGAAGUCAGGAGCAUUGCCACCUCCAGAAAAUAUCCAUAACAUUGUAAAGACUUUCUACACCUGGAGGAACGUUGCAGAGAGAACUGAAAAAGUGUACGACCGAGUGGCAGGAGAAGCUGUGUUACCCAUGGACAAACGGCUGGACAGACUCAUCUCUCACUGUGGCCCUGUGACAGGCUGCAUUUUUGCUCUGUUGGCUGUAUUCAACUUUCUCUUCCUCAUUUUCCUGAGAUGGGUGACUCCAGAUUCUUUCAUUGAUGUUGCAAUAGAUGCCACAGGGCCAAAGGGUGCCUGGACUCAUCGAUAUCCUUAUCGAUAUAGUAAAAAGGGGGCUGAGAAUACUGAACUGUCUAAAACAAGAUAGAAGAAAGCCUGAAUUGUGAGAUUUUCAAUACUUGUAAUAGUUCUAUUGAGACUAUUGAAAAUAACCUUGCUUUUUUUCUUUUUCAUUUUAAACUUAAUUUAGUAAGUUAUGCUACCUCUAUAUCAUUCAAUGUUUUAUUUUGAGGAAAGAUAAACACUUAUGCAAUUCCUGAGUGUUGAAACUCCUUGCACUUAUUUAAAAUUUAGGAGAGAGCAUUGAAGCCACUCAGGUAUGCAAUUUUUCAGACUACUGAAAUCCCUCUAGCAGAGAUGUUUUAAUGUUAUAUUUUGGGAGCUUUGGGUGCCGAAGGGCCAAACGUUUCCUGGGCAUUUUUUGGCCAGUUUUAAAUGUUCUACCAUUAGACGUUCACCAGAUGUUUACAGGUUUUCUUUAGGGAGGUACAACAACUCUAUGAACUAUUUUUUAAGUCAUGUUCAUACUACGUUUAUUAGACGUCGAAGUCAUGUUCGUAACUUAUUGGGUACACUCAGUAAGUGUUCCAUAUAAUCAGGUUUCUUGAGUAAAAUGGGCUGUCAGCAACCAGCCUGUUUGAAGCACCUGUCACAUGUUGAACUAGAUGCUUCCUGCGUUAGGAACCAGGGGAUGCAUUCAUUCCUUGUUGAUCACUCAAAUAAAUGGCUCACUUCGUCAUAGUCAUAUUUGACAUGAAGUGGUAAGAUAUCCACCACGCCAAAAAUGCUGAUGGUUUUUAAUGCCAGGAAAAAAAUUGCCUGCAUACUCCGAGUUCUUCUCUGAUCCUGUUGGAUGCAUUCUCCUAGGUCAAGCCUUCGUCUUCAGUUGUAUGUAUGAAAAUGCUUCUUCCUUUUAAAUACUAGGGACCGAUCCCACUGUUGAUGAUAGUGCAGAGAAACCCUCCACAUCUCUCAGUGCAUAAUUUAGUCCUCUGUCAAUGCCUUCGUGUUUUCCGAGCAGAAUGUACGAGGUGUGCCAUCUCAAAAUCAGCUGCUACCCUGGAUCUUUGAUAGAAGUCACCUCCCUUCACUUGUGGCCUAGCUGAUGCCUGAUAAGUAUUGUCAGUGUGCAGAAGUCUUGACCCAGAAUAUUUUGUUUAUAGCCAGUUGAGUCUGAAAAUUUUAGGAACAGUCUCUUUGUGGAUGGAUGUUUUUAACUAUAAUUGUUGUUGCCCAGAGCCAUGGGUUUUUAAACCCCAAAUUAUCCACAUGGUGUGUCUUAUUAAUUCUUUGAACUCCUUAUUAGAAUAAAUUUUUGUGAUAAAGGACUGUAAAAUCACAAGAGUGAGGCACUGUGGACGUGCUAGUUAGACGCUGGCAGUAUUGUGAUUCUUUACAGGAUUUUUUUUAAUGACAACAUUCACAGAACUUUUAAAAAAGUAUCUUAACAUGUCUGUUAAUUGGUUGCCACUGAUACACAAGAAAUAUAUUUGUGUUUUAAAACACAAAAUGCAAGAGUACAGUUUUUAAUAUCUAGAAGUUAGGGGUUCUUUUGUUAACGAAAAACAGACUGACCCAAACCAUUCGAUCUCACUGGGAUUUUUAGGCAUAGAAACUGAAUUAUAUAAAUAGGAAAUAAACAGUGCCAGUAUUCAUGAUAAAGCGGGGAACUAUAUAACAUUUGUUUUUAUCCGUUCAUUAAUUUUUAAAGGCAUACUCCUGUUUUUUCUUGUGUUUUAUUCUUUCCCUAGCUUUUUUUUUCUUCAAAAUUAUCAUUUAACGAUUAAACUGCCAUUUAUUUCACAUGGAAAUAGGAUUUAAUGUUAUUGCAUGAAAAAUAUGUAAGUUGCAUAUUUUCCUUAUUUUUUUCUUUAAUAAGUGGAAGUAAACUUGCUUGUUCUAGUACAUCUGAAUUUUCAGGCUUCCUGAAUACCUUAAUUGUAACUGUCAGUGUUGCACUGGUCAAUAUGUGGGAACAUAUUGUUCUACCCUGCUACUUACAUUUAUUUGAAAGUGAACUUGCAGUGAUAAGGAAUAUAUGAAAAAUAUAUUGUGUUUCUUUUGAUGUUGCAAAAAGUAGCACAUGUAAAGCUGAUUUAUAAAAACACGCUACCUGUCCAAAAAUAAAGACCAAAAUGACAUUUUGACAUUUUUCUGAAUUUGCCUUGUUUGAGAAAAAGAAUACUAUUAACUAACUGAGCAAUACUCCCCCCACCUACCUACCUCACAUGCUUUUUUUUAUUUUAGUGCAAUCUGAUGUUUUGCUUGGUCUGUUAGUGAAACAGGAAAUAUGGAAAUAUCUUUUAGUUGAUUAAUUACUCUGUCAUCUUUUCUUUCUAGAAUAUUCUUUGUUUUAAUCAUGGAAUAGCAAGUUCAAUUGUGCCUUUGUUUCCUGAUCCAAACAAGCCUGUAUUUUUCACUUCACUAGAAUUACUAUGUAAGACAAAUGAAUACUCCUGUAAACUAUUGUAUAUGUGAAUUACAUAAUUAUACUCUAUAUCUUGCAAGCUAUUUUAAGAAAAAUUGGAAUUUUGACUUCAUUUACCGAAACCCAGUGUACCAACAGUCCCUGCUUCACCUGCAGCCUACUCACAGGUCUGACCUUCCUACGUACUUGACCUGGCCCCAGCUAGUGAUUAUUUUAAUCUUUACAUCAAACAUCUCUACCUGAUAGCUCGUCAAAGGAGCUGUGAGGGGUGUGUCCCUGUGCUAUUUCCCUGGUAACUGAUGAGCCACCUGACUUCAGUUCCCCUAUAGCUGCUAAUCUGCCCCUUCCCUCAGUAGCGAAACCUCCUAUCUCCAUGUCCUGCCAUCCUGCUACCUGUUACUUACAGCACGCAUUGGGGUGUCACUCCA